GUAUUGAUAUAAGUAAAUAUAUAUAGGUAAGUAGGUAAUGACCUAGUUUUUAUAUUUUGAUGCAGGAAUAGAUUGAAGUAAGCCCUAGAAACGCCAGUAGUCUACAUGCAAUUCAAUAAUUGCACAUAAUGUAUUUACUAUUUCUUUAAAUUAUUAGUUAACAAAUAAAUAAAUAAAUAUAAAUUUAAGUAUAAGCAUGGAGGAAUUAAUUGAAGAAAUAAAAAAUAAAAAAAUCCUACACUGGAAUUACCGCGGGUUUAAUGAAUUACCUCAGGUGUUUAAAAAUUACGGUCACGAUGUACGGGAGAUAUAUUUAAAAGAAAAUAAAUUGACGUGUUUACCUCCAUGGAUUUGUGAUUUUAAUAAUAUAACAAACUUAUAUUUAUCUGGUAAUAAAUUAAAUAUAUUUCCUGAAGAGUUAUGUCAGAUGAAACAAUUAUUAGUUAUCGAUUUGUGUGAUAAUAAUAUCGAGUUACUACCAAAUAGUAUUCAAAAUUUAUCUAAUUUACGACAAUUAUUAUUAGAUGAUAAUUAUUUAAAUCAAUUACCUAUUGAAUUAUUAAAACUUGAGUGCUUGGAAAUUUUGUCAUUAGCACGAAAUAAUUUAAUAACUUUACCAGAAUGGUUGGGGUCAUUAAAAAAACUAGAUAAAUUAAUUGUUGAUAAUAAUUAUUUAGAAGAAAUACCAAAUCGUCUUACACUCGCUUGCUCACUUACAACUAUUUCCAUUAAAUCAAACAGAUUGAGAUAUUUACCUUUGAAUUCAUUUAUAUCACCAGUAAACAUUUAUUUCGACUGUAAUCCGAACGUUAAUUAUUUGUCGUAUUCGAUUUUGUGCCAACUACUGGAACUCGGUUGGGAAGAUGGAAAAAAUUGUCUGAUAAAUGAGUGUAGACUAGUGAUGAGUGCUAGCAAAAAUAUAAAACUGUUAGUUAAUUUAUGUGGAAUCAAAGAGGACAAAAAAGAUAUUAUUGAGUUACCAAGGCAACUGUUCCAGGUGUUUGGAGAAGAUAUUAAAAUACCGGUGUCUUUAUGGGAAUUGUCGUUACGGAAUUUAUAUAAAAAUAAAGAAGAUGAUUUCUUUGACAAAUACUACACAUUAAAACACGAUAUUUUUUAUAAUUUACUAUCAAAUGGCCCCAUAAGCAUUUGUUUAAACAGCCAUUGUCGAGAGCCAAUUUUCACCGAGGCCUGGAUUGUCGUCGGGAAAAGCGAAGAGUGUGUUUUUCUAGUCAUCACACUAUUCUGCUCCCAAAACUGUGCCAGUAGUUUUGAUUUUCCAUCACACGGAAUAGAAACACUGUCCUGGGAUUAUUACGACGGUUAAAUUUUUCCGCAAUAUAAAAAAAAAAAAAAGAAACCAAAGAAAACGUGAUAAAUUAUUUUUUAGAAAAUUAUAAAUAAAUAUGAAAUAUUAUAUAAGUUUAUUUAUUAAUUGAUCGAUUAAUUAUUUAUAUUUAUAUAUAUAUUAUAUAUAUAUUUAUUUAUAAAGAUUGUCGGUGAAUGUACAAAUUUAAAGCAAUUAAUCAGCCUUUAGUAACUACUCAAUUAAUAAUUAAACAGACGUCUAUUAAUUAAUUUAUUAUUUAAUUAAAUGAUUAAAAAUACUAAAUAUCGCAAUUAGCAUUAAUUGGUCUCGUACAAUAUGACCGUGUUUAAUGUCUGUAGACAAGUUAGAGUAGCAUCAAAGCUGUUUAAUUUUAAAAUCAGUGCUAAUGCACAAAUAUAAUGACUUUAGACCGUUUAAUUGUUUGAAUAAAAAUAUAAUUAUAAUAAAUAGCUACGCACACAAAUAGUCUAGAGCUUUAUCGCGGUCAGUAUCAAACUUGAGCAGAGCUUUAGAAGCCUCGUCCUCAGAAAAUCCAAGAUCUUUGAGAGUACACAAGUUAUCGUGAUACUUUUUGGCUCUCUCUUGAUCAUAAUCAUUAAGCGCCAGCGCUUUCUCAGCAUCAUCACCGGGUAAUCCUAAUUCCUCUAACCAUUGGACGGCUAAUAAAUAUUCAACAACUUUCUUAUUAUCCUUACCACCUAGAUCACCAAUCGCCCGAGCAGCACGCGACAGAGGAAAUCCCAUGUCGCUUAAAUGUUUAGCUAAUUUUUUAUCCUCCUCCGACGACAAACUCUCCAGUACGUUCGUUAUUUUCAUUGAUUCUUCUGUAUUGCUGCACAAAUCUUUGGUGUUUGUGUUGGAUAUACACUCCGGGCUCUCUAGAUCUGGCCACGGUUUCCAGUUCUGAAAAUUUUGUUUUUAAUUACUGAUAAUUUAUUUUUAAA